GCCUUUGGCGAGAUUCUCUUCAACCCUUUCUUCCUUUCCUCGACAUCGACUGAGAACAAAAUUCACAACAAAAUUAAUUCAGAUUAGGUCUUCGUCUUUGGCGACGGCUACUACGACGCCGGCAACAAGCAGUUUCUCUCCGGGAACCAUGUCGACGCCAAUUCUCCACCGAUGGCCACAUCAUUCCUGACUAUCUCGCUGAAUUGAUGGGUAUCCCAAGAAUCCCACCGAUUCUACGGAGCUCGGCAGAGGAUCUCUCUCACGGAGCUAGCUUCGCUAUGGCCGACGCCACCGUCCUCGGCUCUCCUCUCAAAACGAUGUUACUCAAUCGUGUUGGCUACUCUCCUAAGAUCAGCCACAGAGAGCUGGUAGAAAUGGCAGAGCACCGGAAGGAAUUGGAGAAGAUGGCAAAACCCGUUCUUGAUACUCUAAGAAGCUACCAGGACUUGCCUCCGUUUCAUGUUAAUGACCAAGCUGCAAUUGAGAUGGUUAAAGGUCGACGAAGCAAUAUUCAGAAGAAAUUGUAGUUUUAAAUUUUUGUUUUUGUUUUA